ACUGCCGGGACCCACUCUGGUCCUCCAGCGGAGUCGAGGCUGCGCGCAAGACCGAAUCAGCCUAAAAAAAUAAUAAUAAUAAUUUUAAAAAAUGGACUGCGUUAAAAGCCAGCGGGAGUUCGCGUGUGCGCGCGUGCGCCGGCGCUUAAUUGCAGUUUUUCCGCGCGCAUUCCGGCUGUGAAGGUUGCUGCUCGUCUGUCUGCGUGGAUUCCUCCUCCUUCUCGCUGCUGACACCCGUGGACAGUUUCUCCGCGCUCCUGCGAGACUGAGACGUCCCGCUCCGGGUCGCCGCAAGCCGGACUUACUGAAGGCGCGCACCCUGCUGCGCUAAUUUAUACCUGGGCGGACUGCGGCACUCAGGUCAACUCGCGGACGUUCUCGCCUAUGACGCAGUAGGAGACAGAGGUGCAUCAUGGGUACCGUACUCUCGCUGUCACCCAAGUCCGGCUACUACGACAACCGCCUCGGCUCCCUGAGCCGCUACCCCAGCCUCAGCAGCCGCUCCUUAAACAGCCAGAAGGAGCACGGCGGCGGACUGAAGAGGGGACAGUCCAUCUUCCUGCCCGCGCUCACCUGGAAGCGACUGGUGGCCGCCACCAGGAAGAAGGGCGGCGCCAAGAAGGGCUCCAAUGUGGAGCCUCUCAACAACAACAACAACCACAUAAACAUUUACCAAAAGGACCUCAACCGGGAGAAUGUGAGGAAGUCCUUGUCCUGUGCCAACCUGUCCAGCUACGAGGUCCCGGCAGGUCCGGGCUACGGUCUGGGACUGGGCCACGGGUACGGGUACAUGAAACCCCAGCAGCUGUCGGUGAAGAAAGCCCCCCAGGGAACGCUGACCACGUCCCCGAAGCGCGUCAUCGUCCAGGCGUCCACCAGCGAGCUGCUCCGGUGCCUGGGCGAGUUCCUGUGCCGUCGCUGCUACCGCCUCAAGCGCCUGUCCCCCGCCGACCCGGUCCUCUGGCUGCGGGCGGUGGACCGCUCGCUGCUGCUGCAGGGCUGGCAGGACCAGGCCUUCGUCACGCCCGCCAACGUGGUCUUCGUCUACAUGCUGUGUCGGGACGUGGUGGACGGCGACCUGGUGGCGUCGGAGCACGAGCUCCAGGCCAUCCUGCUCACCUGCCUCUACCUGUCCUACUCCUACAUGGGCAACGAGAUCUCCUACCCCCUGAAGCCCUUCCUGGUGGAGGCCGGGAAGGAGGCCUUCUGGGACCGCUGCCUCGCCAUCAUCAACGCCACCAGCUCCAAAAUGCUGCGCAUCAACGCGGACCCUCACUUCUUCACGCAGGUGUUCGCCGAACUCAAACGCGAGGGGGGCUACAGCAGAGUCCUGGACCGGUGAGAGGAACUCUGGCCUCAACCACGCCAGAUUGGACUUUUUUUACGAGCUAAGUGUGGCGUUUACUUGAAAUGUAGCCGCCAUUUGCCGCACCUGUCCCAUCAGAGCUCGCACACGGCGUGUGUCCGCCCUCCGGCUGUGUCAGCUGCUGCCGCACAAGCCCGGAGGGGGAAGCCGUCCACCCAAUCCAGUCAUGGUAUCCUAAAAUGGAUUUUCAUCAGACUGUAGAAAAACAAUAAAAAAACAUGGUAAAGACGGUUUAAUCCGCCUAAAUUCGUUUUUUUUCUCUCCUCCCCGCCCCCCGGACAGUGAGACCGGGAUUGAUGGGAACAGCUGCAUGCUGGGUAAGGAAGGCUUUUGUGGGUCAUCUACCAGGAGGGGACAGUUGCCUAUUUUUGUUCCAAUCAAAGCAGCCUGAUUUAGUACGCCAUCGGAAGGACGCCUGUUGGUGCUCAGCUGUUUCGCCCGCCGCUUGUUGACAGAGCGCCACAGCCCGGGUAUUAAUUAGAUUAGCAGAUUACUACGGCCCCUCCCCCCCCCCCGCUCGCGACCUCCGCUCCCUCUUGUCCACUCGGCAACCCCUGCGGAGGAGUCGGGCCCACUAAUCCACACCCGGCGAGCGUUUAAAUGCCUCAUCAUGACGUGCGAGAGGAGUUCGACGUCCGCGUCUCGUGGGUUGCUUCUUCCUUGGGAUGAACCUUUGGCGUUUGUGCUCUACUGACUUUAAUCCCCAACAUAAAGGGCCUGCUCUUCUAAGAUCCAAACAACACAGGCCAAAGAGCAAGUGGGCAUGUUGCGUGUGAUCUACCAAGACCGCCCUGCAAUACAAAAAUCCCAAAAGGGCCUAGGGAUCGGCACCGUUCACAUUUGAACCGAUACGGUACCAGCUCCCGGUACCUGGGAAUGGAUAUCGGUACCAAUUUUCAGUACUUUUGUGUGUGUGUGAAUAAAUAAAAUCCGUUUUUUGAUAAGGAAAUCUCAUUUUUUUAAAAAGAGGAUAACUGCUGUCCAGUUAUGUGUUGUUUUGUUAUCACAUUUCAAGUCUCAAUUAAAGCUGCAAGCAGCGAUGGACGGGACCGACUUUGACGGCACAUAAAAUCCAAACCGGAGCAGUAAUUAAAACUCUUACGUCAACUUUUAAUCAGAAGGGUUCAAUCUCUCUCCUGUGCUAGUUUGAAGCCGACACAACAAACGUGCUCAGAGGAGAUAAUUUUAAAAAAAAAAGGUGACCGGUUUUUACAAAACUUUUGUUUUGAAGGGGGAAUUGCAAACUUCUUGUUGAUUUUUGCUGUGGGUUGUCAGUUUAUGAAAUGUAGGUCUAAGUGAGACCUACAUAAAGGUUUUUGUUUCAUGUCUCUACGACAUUCCUACUGGAAGUUACAGGCAGUUUUGUCUGUGUUUUCUUCCUAGGAGCAGUUUUGUCUGUUUUAUUCCUAGGGGGCGCUAGAGCGCAAUUUUGAGUUUUGGGGUUGGUUUUUUUCAUUAGAUCGCAAUUUUUGCCAGUCCUGAUGUGUGUGUCCAGUUUGGUGAGUUUUCAAGCAUGUUAAGGGGGUCAAAUUGUAGCUC